CUGAGGUGUUUUGCUCGUUGAUCUGCUAAGAAAGGCUACUUUGCAGCUUCACUGAGGACUGAGAAACAAAGCAACUGUUUAGCUUGGACCAUAGCGUCAUGUCCACAAUGGUGCAGUUAAAUGAGAAACUGAGUGCAGAUGAGAUCAUUACCAGCACCAAGCAGGUCAUCCAAGGGCUGGAGGCACUGAAGAAUGAAAACAACACCAUCCUACAGAACCUGCAGGAAACACUGCAUGGUCUGACUGAAGAUGAAGAAGCUCACUUGGUGGAAGAGAAGACCUGCCUCAUCCAGAGGUCACUGGAGAUGAUUGAAUUGGGGCUAAGUGAAGCACAGGUGGUGACCGCUCUGUCUACCCAUCUGAGUACAGUGGAGGCAGAGAAGCAGAAGCUACGAGCACAGGUGCGCCGGCUGUGCCAGGAGAACCAGUGGCUGCGGGAUGAGCUGGCUGGCACCCAGCAGAAGCUGCAGAAGAGCGAGCAGAUGGUGGCACAGCUGGAGGAGGAGAAGAAGCAUCUUGAAUUCAUGAACCAAAUUAAGAAGUACGAUGAGGAGGAAGCAGCGGAAGAUAAAGACAGUGUAUUCGCAAAGGUUCCACUGGAUGAUCUAUUCCCGAAUGAGGAUGAGCAGACUCAAUUGCACCAGCCGCACAGCAGUGCAGCAGCAGCAGCCCAACAGGGCGGAUAUGAAAUCCCAGCACGACUGCGAACACUGCACAAUCUAGUGAUACAGUAUGCUUCACAAGGCCGUUAUGAAGUGGCUGUUCCUCUCUGUAAACAAGCACUGGAGGACCUGGAGAAAACGUCAGGCCACAACCACCCUGAUGUGGCCACCAUGUUAAACAUUCUCGCCUUGGUAUACAGAGAUCAAAACAAAUACAAAGAAGCUGCAAACCUUUUAAAUGAUGCCCUGACAAUCCGGGAGAAAACUCUGGGCCAGGAUCAUCCAGCGGUGGCUGCCACUUUGAACAAUCUUGCUGUGCUAUUUGGCAAGCGGGGAAAAUACAAAGAAGCUGAACCGCUGUGCAAGAGAGCUUUGGAAAUCCGAGAAAAGGUACUGGGCAAGGACCACCCUGAUGUAGCAAAGCAACUGAAUAAUCUGGCUCUGUUGUGCCAAAAUCAGGGGAAGUACGAGGAGGUGGAGUAUUACUAUGAGCGAGCGUUAGAGAUCUACCAGACCAAGCUGGGAUCAGAGGAUCCUAAUGUAGCCAAAACGAAGAAUAACCUGGCUUCCUGCUACUUGAAGCAAGGAAAGUACAGACAGGCUGAGGCUCUAUACAAGGAGAUCCUGACACGAGCCCAUGAGAGAGAGUUUGGCUCUGUUGAUGGUGACAACAGACGGGUGUGGAUAACAUCUGAAGAUGGGGACGAUUCAAACAAGGGCAGACUAACUCCUGCGGACAGCUACUGGGAGCAUCUUGAGUCUUCAGUCUACUGCACAGCCUCCAGUGACACAGCAGGACUACCCGAUGGUGACAGAACUCUGCAGUUACAAAAGGAAGGGACUGAGAUUGUUCUGAUCCACAACAAAAGGGACCCAGGUUCUACGCUGAAGGUAGUACCAGGCAACACACCUAACACUGGUCCCUGGAGGCAGCCCUUCCCCUGUGACUACCUGGAUGCCACCACUGUGAUGUUUGCAAAUGGGCCAGAUGGCUGCGAGGAAGUGAGUAUGGGGCUGGAAUGGAAUGGGGACACGCUCGGGAAUCUGAAGCGCAGCGGAUCUUUCACCAAACUCCGUGAAUCUAUUCGAAGAAGCAGCGAGAAGCUUGUCCAAAAACUGAAAGGGGUCACGGCACAGGACACCAGGCUGAGAAACCCAGGAAUGAAACGAGCAAAUUCGCUGAAUGUUCUGAAUGUGAGCAGCAGAAUGGCUGGAGACACAUACCAGCAACCUCCCAGCAGUCUGACGGAUUCCCGCAUUCUGAGCACCAGCCACACUCACUUGGCACGUCGCAGCUCUCUGACCGACUCGGGCUAGGACACAUCAGGAGCAUCUGAACUGACUCAGGACUCUGCCGUGUAUUCUCCAUCUGCCCCUCCCAGCUUCCCGUCCCACAGCGCAUGUGCUCUCCAACCCCCUCCUGGAACUGCACUCACAGACCCUGGUGUCCCGUGCAGCCAAACUCCUUCCUUCAGCUCUGCGGGGUUUGUCUGCAUCGUGUGGCUCCUUAAAGUCAAUGGCACAAAGACCAUUCACCCCUCCAAUCCUUGCUGUUGUU